AUCAUUGAUUGUAUUUUAAAGUCAUUCAAAACGUGUGAAUCUUCUCUCAAAUACAACACUUGUUUUGAAAGUGGUUUUAGUCGACAAUCAUCUCAAGUGACCAAAACUAUGGACAAGAAUUUGGUUAACAAUCAGAUUGUUUUGAUGCGAAAAAUUGUACGAAAAGGCAAACGAUAUGUCUAUCAAAAAGAUGUGAAACAAAUAAAAAAAUUGAAAACUUUUGCGACAAAAAAUGUGACACAAGAGUCGACUAAAAAAUAUGAUCACAAGAUUGACAACAAACGCAAAGAAUUAGCGAUUUUAAAGACCGUUAAUGUGGACGAAGUGUCCAAACAGGCGCUCAUUCACAACAAACAAUACUUUGAGGACAUCAUUACUAAUAUUCACUCAACUAUUGAUAUGAAAUGUUUGGCUAAAAUAGCAAUCAAUGAAAUGGUAGCGAAAGCGGUUGAAAAGUUUAAAGAAGAAAAUCCAAAUUGCGAUGAAUGGUUGCCCUCACAGAUCGAGAUCUGGACACAAAAGAAAGCCAUUAAAAGAAAUAAAAUUCUUAAGAAAAAAGGCAUUAAUGUCGAUGAAAACGAAGUGUCUGAAAAUGAAGAGACAAAUUUGUCUAAAGCUGUCAAUCAUACGUCUGAAUCAACUGACAACAACUUAAAUGAUAAUAAGAGAAAGAUUAAGAAAAUCAAUAAAUCAAACACUAAAAGUGAUAAAAAUGUUGAUAAACCUAACAAUCAAUUGACACCUGAAAUAAAUAAAACAAAAUCUGAUCCAUUCUUCUUAUCCGAUAAUAUGGAAAGUAAUGAUGAAGAAGAGGAGGAAGAUUCUGAACAAAUUAUGGAUGAAAAUGUUUUUAGAAAGAGAACAACAAAUGGAAAAAAUAAUAUCAAAGAAAAGAGAUACAAAUUAAACGAAAAGAAAGGUUUUGAGAAAUCACACAAACGUUUUGAAACGAAAGAUUUCCAGAACCAGAAAACUCAUCCAAAGAAUAUAAACCGUAAUAAUAAUAAUAAUAAUAAAAUUAAAGAUAAAAGCUAUGUAAAUAGUGGUGAAUCGCUGCACCCCUCGUGGGCGGCCAAGAGCUAUCAUCAAAAACAUAAUUAUGUAUAA